AUCAGUAAGGUGUGGCCCAACAAAGCCGAAGUUUGAGAAGUGGCAGUGCAGCAACGAAACCCUCUCCAUUGACAGGUCCACUGUGCGGAAGUCUUGUACGCACAGCCGGCAAUGUGCACGCCACAACCAGCUGCUGGCCGCAUCUGGCUGAAUGUCGGCGGGCAGGUGUUCGAGACGACGGCUGACACACUCACAGGCGCAGGCGAGGGAACCAUGCUCGCCGCCAUGUUGGAACCCUGCUGGAACGCCGGCGCCACCGGGGGCGUGCCUGAGUACUUCAUCGGCCGCGACCCGGCCUGCUUCGCCUCGCUCCUCAACAUGCUCCGCACGGGCGAGCUGCAUGUCCUGGCUGUCAUCCCGGAGCGGAUGCUCUUCCAAGAGGCGUCCUACUAUGGCCUCCUUGACCAUGUCCGCGCUGCUCGCAUCGGUGAGCUCAAUCUCGACAGGGUCCGGCUAGCCGCUUCCGUGCCGCCGGGGCGUAGGCCAGUGGCUUGCCCGGCCGUCCGUGCGGCGCCAGACGGGGGGUGUUGCGUCAAGCACGGCCCCAUCAUGCGGGUCUACAACUGGAUGCUCGAGGAGCGCCAGCCAGUCUGCCUCAUGCCUGUUGAGCCGGUCCGCGAUGCUGUCUACCUCAGCGACACCACGCUCCUCGUUGGGGGCCGCGGCAUGGCAGCUUUCUCCGUGCUCACCGGCGAUCUGAGUCACCACUUCCGCAUAGCGCAUGAGGGCAAGAAGACGGCUCCGCUUUUUAACGCGAGGGCGCUGGCCUUUGACCAGCAAACAAACGUCUUUGCUAGCUGCAACAACUCGGGCAUAACUCAAGGAAUUGGCUACGGCAUCGGUGUUUGGGACUGCAUCACCGGCGAACAGACAAGCUCUUUCUUUGACCUGAAGUAUGUCGACGCUCUGACCGACGCCAGCAAGCUUCAGUGGCUGGCAAGCACCAACGCCCUCAUGGCUGUCGUCAUUGAUCUACAUUCGUACCAGUCUACCGGGGCUUGGAUAGUGAGCCGGCUUCAGAUCGUAAUAUAUAUUUGUGCUUUGGAAUUGGAGAUGUACUGUGCUUUCGUGAUGAAUUGCUGGGUGGUUAGUUGUACGUCUGAGAAGAAGAUGAACUGAGGUAAGAUGAAGGGUUUAAUUUGAGUCGCACCUGCUUAAUUAGAUGAACUGAGGCAAGAUGAAGGUAGACCUCACUUGCCAGCGCUCCCCUACAACUUGUGGGUCCUAGU